UUGGUCUUCUCCCAGCUGCUCUGAAAACUUGUCCCGCCGCGGCGUGUGUGUGUGUGGCCCGCCCAAGGACUUUCCAUCUGUAGCCCAUUGGGACUGCUGUGCGGAGGGGGAGGGCGCGCGCGGAAUGCCCUGGUUGUGCUCACUGCUGGUUUCUUCCUAGCAAAAGGAGAGCGUGCGGGGACUGAGCCUUGGCUGGAUUUGCUGCUCCCUGCUUGUGCUGCUGGUGAGCCUAAGGGACUUGCUAUGGACGGGGAGAGUGAAGUGGAUUUGUCUAAUAACAACAUAACGCCACGGUGGAGAAGGAGGUCCACCCCCGAGCUACAUAUUAAGAGCAAACCUAGACCCCAGUCUUACCAGAGCCCUAAUGGGGUCCUCAUCACAGAUUUCCCUGUGGAAGAGAGGGAAACAUUCACUGUGACUCAGCCUGCUGAAAGGAUAGUUACUCCUCCAGACCACAGAUUAAUCCCUAGGAGCCCCUCCUCCUGUCAAUCCAAUAUGGAAUUUGUGCCAAAUGGAAAAAUAGGGUCUCCGGAGUAUAAAGCAUUAACCCCCCAACUUUCUUCAAAUCGGUUGUCUCAGGCUCUGCAGUUGUGUUCAGAUAACUUAGUGUGCUUUACAGGUGGUGAUACAGUAACCUCAGUGGAUGACACAUUGCUUAAUUCAGUGCCGAUUUCUAGUCAGUCCGCACUUAUCCCAGAUCAUAAACAGAUUGCUUUUCUGUCAACUCCUGAGUCCUUUCCUGGAAAUAUGCCUUUGCCGAAUAACAACACAAUGGCUGUUUUGCCGUUACACUCUGACCAGUUUUCUAAAAACCCAGAGAAGGCAUUGAUGAGUCCCUCAUUGGUUUCCCUGACAGCUCCCUCACAGCCCCAUUUAACUCUCCACAGACUGACAUCCAAUCAGAACCAGCUCUCAGAAAAACAGUCAAUAGUUCUGAGUACAAACAGUCCUGCUGCCCUUAAAGUGGGGAAACAACAGAUCAUUCCUAGGAGUUUGGCUUCUGAGGUAAAACUGACAAACAAAACAGGCAAUCAAAAUGUGGAGCAGAACAAAAGGGUCCUCAAGGUCCGUAGCAUGUUGGAGAUGCUUAAUGUGCCUUUGAUAACUGAUGGUGAUGAAGAGGCAGAAGGUGACCCAGGCAGUCCACGGGCAUUGCGAAGAGGAUUGCGGUCUACUUCCUAUCGAAGAGCAGUAGUGAGUGGCAUUGACUUUGACAGUUCUACAGAUUUUAAGAAAAAAAAUAGAAUGUCCCAGCCAAUACUCAAAGCUGUGAUGGAGGACAAGGAAAAAUUUUCUAGUUUGGGAAGAAUGAAGAAGAAAACACUGAAAGGACAAGGGACGUUUGAUGGGGAAGAAAAUGCGGUAUUGUAUCAGAACUACAAAGAAAAGGCUCUGGACAUAGAUUCUGAUGAAGAAUCUGAGUCCAAAGAACAAAAAUUGGAUGAAAGGAUAGUUAUUCAGUAUAAGCCCCUGAGAUCAACGUGGAGCCAGCUGUCAGCGGUGAAAAAGAAUGGACUGUCUCAGACAAUCAGUCAGGAGGAAAGAAAGAGACAAGAGGCUAUAUUUGAAGUAAUAUCUUCUGAACAUUCAUACUUACUGAGCUUAGAGAUUCUGAUCCGGAUGUUUAAAAAUUCUAAAGAACUGUGUUUAACAAUGACCAAUACAGAAAAACAUCAUCUUUUCUCCAAUAUUGCCGAUGUCUGUGAAGCGAGCAAAAAGUUCUUUAAAGAACUUGAAGCAAGGCAUCAGAGCAACAUCGUCAUAGAUGACAUUAGUGAUAUUGUUGAAAAGCAUACUGCAUCAACAUUUGACCCAUACGUGAAAUAUUGUACUAAUGAAGUGUACCAACAGCGAACGCUCCAGAAACUAUUAGCUACAAAACCAGCCUUCAAAGAAGUUCUGUCACGGAUUGAGUCCCAUGAAGAUUGCCGGAAUUUACCUAUGAUCUCUUUCCUCAUUCUUCCAAUGCAGAGGGUUACACGCCUUCCAUUGCUGAUGGAUACCAUCUGUCAGAAAACCCCAAAAGAAUCACCAAAAUAUGAGGUCUGCAAACGAGCCUUAAAAGAAGUGAGCAAGUUGGUCCGUUUAUGCAACGAAGGGGCACAAAAAAUGGAAAGGACAGAAAUGAUGUACACAAUUAACUCCCAGCUGGAAUUUAGAAUCAAGCCAUUUCCACUGGUCUCCUCUUCCCGGUGGUUAGUAAAAAGGGGUGAAUUAACUACAUUUGUGGAAGACACUGGAUUAUUCUCUAAAAGGACCUGUAAACAGCAAGUGUACUUCUUCCUCUUCAAUGAUGUCCUUAUUAUUACAAAGAAGAAGAGUGAGGAGAGUUACAAUGUCACAGAUUAUUCCUUGAGGGACCAGCUGUUGGUUGAACAAUGUGAUAGUGAGGAGCUGAAUUCCUCACCUGUGAAGAACAGUUCGACUAUUCUGUACUCUCGGCAGAGCUCUACAAGUCAUCUCUUCAGAUUAACUGUUCUUAGCAACCACGCAGGAGAGAAGAUGGAGAUGCUACUGGGGACCGAGACACAGAGUGAAAGAGCUCGCUGGAUUACUGCCCUUGGACAGAACAAUGACAGACAGAAUGCAGACAGAACAACAUUGACACAGGUAGAGAUUGUCAGAACUUACACUGCAAAGCAGUCAGAUGAACUAUCCCUUCAGAUUGCUGAUGUGGUUCUGGUCUAUCAAAAAGUGAAUGAUGGUUGGUAUGAAGGUGAACGAUUGCGGGAUGGUAUGAGAGGUUGGUUUCCAAUGGAGUGCGCCAAGGAAAUCACAUGUCAAACUACAAUUGACAAGAACAUGGAACGUAUGGGACGCUUGCUUGGACUUGAAACAAAUGUGUAGAAUCCCUGAGAUCUGUUUUAUUUGCUGCAGAAUUUGCACUAAGGACCCUCAACAGUGGCUUGAUUUGAUGCUUGUUGUCCCACUACAGCUGUAGUGUGGUAGCUGUGAAUCAUAGAUUUGUAAAAUUAAUGAGGGGAGGAAGGGUCUGUGGGGGGGAAAAGCAUCUCACUAUGUGUAUCUAGAAUAUUUUAAAUUAAACAUCUCUGAAAGGUAAAUGGACUCUUAAAGGUCCCACAACAAAAUGCAGGUGACAUCUUUAGAUAGUCCCCUCUUUCUUGUUUUAGAGUGUAAGAAAGUUAAGUGAAUCCUGAUCUGAGCUAAGGUCUUCCCUGCACUGAAUCCUACCUGGGAAUGUGCGGUAGCCUCUGGAGAGCAGCUCCACAUACCUGUGGCUUCACCUCCAUUUGUCUUUACCCACUCUCCCCACUUUCACUCACACACACGCAGACACAUACUCUCUUUCUCUCUCUCUCUCAUUUUGUUUUUUCGGUAAUUUAAAAACCCUUGACACCUUAGCUUCCUCUGGACAGGCCGACCACUAGUCACCCACAAACGUGUUGACCUGCAAGCAAGCAGCAGUAGCAAACUAAUAUUUGGGAAUUUCCCACUCCUCAGGGGAAAGUUGCAGUUCUGUGUUCCUAACACCUGAUGAUGUUAUGUGUGUGGAUAAAUAGGAGCUAUCUAGCCCCUCCUAUAUCCUAAAUUGGAACCCAUGAGCACCUACUGUAUAAGGUACUCCUUCCUCAAUAGACUCCAGAGAAGAUGGAUACCAAGAAAAAAGAGGCUCCACUGAGUUAAGAGUGCAGAGUUCUCUACUUUUGUAAUAUAAGAGUAUCCUUCAGUUGGGUCUUCUCUUUCUCCUUGGAAUCUAUGUAUCUAUCUCUCUAUGUAUCUAACCUCAGUGAAGGGUUUUUAUAACAUGAGAUUUCCUAUUGGGUUAAUCCUUUAAAACCUUAGCUUCUUGGACUUCCUCCCGCUCAGUGAUGGCUUCUCAUUUCACACACAUUUUUUUUUAUAAAAGCAAUGAUUAAAGUACCUCUGUUUCAGCUAGCAAAGCUAAUGUGUUCUCCAAGGAUUGGAGGGGGUGAACCCAGAACAGUUUUCUUUCGGUCUUUUUCGUUGAUGAUAUUCAAACAACUCAAAUUUUUGUUUCCUUCCAAUGUUGCUUCAGUGUUCAGCUGGGAGGGUUUUUUCAAAGCAAAAAGUAUGUAGUGAACUUCUAAAGUGAGGGGAAGGAAGCUUGGUUUUCAAAGUUCCGGCCUCCAUUCCCAGAACAGAUUAGUGUUACAGUAUGUCUUCUCUUCUAGCUGAGGUGUGAUUCACAGCUUAAGGGGACUUAGGCUAGUUCCUGUUGAUCUAGCAUAGUUGUUAUAAAAAAAAAAAAAGAACGUAGUCCCAGCAGCAGGAUGGGCUAGCCACUCUGAGUGCACACUCGUCAAUGAGAGGAGGGAUUGCCGGAAUUUAUCCAAUAGUGACUAAUGUUUUGUCGACUUUGUCUUGUUAUUCUAAAUCGUCAUUUGACCUCCUGAUUGGAGACUCCAUAGUGCACGUGAUGGUGGGAAAGGGAAUGAUAGGAGUUCCCAUUAGGGCUGCUGAACAUGUUCUCUGUCUUAGAGAGUGCCUGUCAUGACUGCACUUUAAGCAUCACUGGCCCAAUUUUGCCUUGGAAUUUCACAGGAGAAACAACCUCUUAAUGUUGUCUGACCAAAAUGCACUUGUAAAACAGGCAAUAAUUUUCAAUGCAUCUUUUCUGUAGCUAUGUAUUAUGGUUUGCACAUUGUAUGUAUUAUAAAUAUGUUAAUCCUUUUAAGACAAAGCUGCUCAUUCAGCAGGGUUGAAUAAAUGUUAGCACAAAAAAUGAGGUAAAAACUAAUAAUAGAAAGGCUUUCUGCUUGUAACAUUUUCACUCCAUUUUUGGAGGGGCUGCAUGCUGUAAUAUACACUUUAAUAUGUCAGAGGUUUGUAAAUAAAUGUAAUGUUCAUAAGGUAUCCAUGUAACAAUUACACUUAAAAAUAUAUUAGAAGAGCAACAGUUUUGUAUAAAGUAAUUUGAGGAUCCCCAGCCUUGGAAGUUUUUGGCACAUGGUGAAUUAAUUUAUAAGUCAACUGAUGAAACAGUAAUGAGCAUACUGUUAUCUUUGUAAAUUGAAUGAAGUCUUAUUUAACAUAGGUAAAAAUACUGCUAAUUUUUUAACAAAUUAAAAAACUUUACUGUAAAUAGCCAGAUGUUUAACAGGGUAACUGAAUUUUGUUCAGGUUUUUAAAUAUAUUUUAUAUUUUUUCACAUCAUUCUAAUGUUGUAUAAAUGUUUCCAUUUCUCCUUUUACUGGGUACAGGUCUGCAGGAAUUAGACAUCAGUGACCUUGUAGGACAACAAUCAAUAAAAAUGCUUUUUAAAAACUUUACUAAAAAAAAAAAAAAAGCUUUGGACUUUUACUGGGAAAAUACCAAACAUCACAUUUAAAUCCUUGUGGUCAUUUUUUGUUCUUGC